AUUAUCUAAUAUAAAGUCAAAGAGAUACGGUGAUGCAGGCAGACAGACAUGUAUGGCGAUAGACAGGCAAACAGACACGGUGAUGUAGACAGGGUGGCAGACAGGCAGAGUGACAGGUCAGCCAGGUAACGCGGCCGCCAAGACAAGGAUCAAGCCAAGCAAUAUAAACAAACGCAGCUGACUAAAGUUUGGUGUUCUCUGUGGUGCACCACAGCCUGCAAACAUCCUAAAUCCCCAACAAGAACUAGAACAAGUUUUCUGUGGAUGUGUGUAGUUGUCUGCUGGUGGCUAGUUUUAACUAGUACUCACUAACACAGCAACUGUCUCUCCAAAGCUUUUGGGGCAUUGCUUGUCUAUACUUGUCCAGGAAGUAUGAGUGAGGAGGUGGAGGAACAUGGUAUCAGGAUUAACAUUAAGGGCACCUUCCAUGCCCCCAAGAAGAAUGAAGUCAUGUACAACUCUGAGAUGGUUGUCAAUAGGUCACUGGUGCUGUGUGCUUUGGCAGCUUACUAUGAGUCAGGCUUGUGCACCAACAGCCAAGUGAGAUGUCUGGAUGCUCUCGGGGCCACGGGUGUCUCGGGGUUGGCUUGGGCUAAACAUUUUCCAAAGGUUGAUGUUGUGAUCAAUGACCAGUCUCCUGCUGCCACCGAGAGGAUCACCAGCAAUGCUGCCACCAACAACCUUCAAGUCAACAUCACCUCAGAAGAUGUCAGUGUUCUGCUGCACCAGAGACCCUUUGACUUUGUGUUCUUGGACUGCUAUGGGUCAUCUGUGCACUAUCUUGAUGCAGCAUUCCGCAAUGCUCCCAAACACAGCAUGCUAGCCAUCACCUCCACUGAUGACUCAGCCUUGUAUGGCAAGGCAACUGAUGUGACCCUAAGGAACUAUGGCGGUUAUGUGGUGAAGACAUCAUAUGCCAAAGAACUGGCAGCUCGGCUGGUUCUUGGCAGCGUUGUGAGAGCUGCAGCCAAGAGCAACAAGGGUGUGGAGGUGGUGUGCUGUGUUGCCCUCAAAAGCUUCAUCACAGUUAUGGUGCGAGUCUUGAGGGGACCAGCAGCUGCCAACACAUGCGUUCGCAAAAUUCGACGCGUUAUACACUGUUGUGUUUGUGAGGACCGCGCCUUCUAUCCUGAGACAGUGUAUCCUCUUGAAGAGCCAUAUUCUCUGUUGUCUUGUGAUUGUCGAAGCAAGAGUGCCGGGAAACUGGCAGUGGAGCUUGGGCCUGUGUGGUGUGAUGAGAUAUUUGAUGCCAACUUCUGCCAGGCAAUGCUGACACAGGCAAACAACCUACAGCUUUCUCACAAAGUAAUCAGCCUUCUACAGACAAUAGUAAGUGAAGGCAAGUGUAAAGGAGAACCUGGACCUGAUGAGAGUGUGGGAGGAGACAAAGAGAAUACAGUGAGUGGGAUGGCUGAACACACCUCUGCACAGACAGAAAAAGAGGAAGAUGAUGAGGAGGGAGAGGAGGAAGAGAAGGAAGGGUCACAACACCAGCCUUGCCAUUCAUUGGAAGAGGACAAUGAUGGGGAGAGAUCACCUAAAAGAAUGAAGAUGGAUCACCCAAGAUUAAAAUCUCCGGCAUUCUAUUUCAAUCUCCACCGUCACUCACCCAAAGUGACUGCUGAUAAAGUGAAGCCUGCUGUCCUGAGUCACCUUUCCCAUAUUGUGCAGGCCAUGACCUGGGCAAGAUCAACAGGGUGGUGGACUACUUGCAGCGGGCACACCACAAGGCCAGCCGCACCCACUUUGACCCUGAGGCCAUCCGCACUGACUGCACCCUCAGGGAAUUCACCCGACUCCUGCUGGAGUUUUCUCAGACACAAAACUGAGUCUCUCACCCAUGGCUCCUGUUGUAUGUAUUUUUCAUUUGCAGCCUUUUCUCAUGUCAAUUCAAAUCUUGCCCAUAAACUAGACAAGUGAAAGUGUUUUGAAUUUCUAUUCAUAGUUUAGGAGAAUAAGGAUUUUUUAACACUGUACAUUAUUUACUAUAAGGAUAUUUUUGUGAAUAAAAGAAAAAAGCUGAAA